AUGCGACUCGAUGCCAACGAGCUCGACUGCAACGAUCAUACUCUAGAAGUUGUCAGCUGUGUCGAAGGGAGGCAGUUGGUUGAGAAGGGACACAUCUUGGACGCUCUAUGGGAUGGACGGGCGAUGGUCCCAGCCACGCCCUCAAUCACGGCAGCCAGAGUAAUUAAGGCACCGACCAUCACAGAAAACAUUCUGCUGGGAAAGCGCAUCUUGAGAAAUUGUUCUGCCUUUCUACGCUUCCCGGUCUCUCGACAAUUUGAGUUGGCGAUCACGUUCACGAUGGCCGAUGCCCCGCCCUCAACCAUAGUCGGCUGCCUCCUCGAAGUGUCCGCAUCCAUGCGUGAAGCUCUCGAGACGGAUGACUCUGAUGAGCGAGCAGCCGAUCGGCUCACCGCGGUCCUCCGUACAGCUCUAAAGCUCGCCCAGUCACAGAACUAUUACAAGUCUGAAGCUCUGAUAUUUGUCAGCGUUUCGGCCUUGAUAACAACAAAGAACACCCGAAAGCAAUCGACCUAUGCGAAGCUGCCGAUGUGCUACUCAGACUUGCUGCCGAUCCACGUUCUGAAGAAGAUUUCAGAUGGUCAGGCGCGCAUCAUCGACGCAUGCUUGACGCGGCAUCUAACUGAAAUUGAUGACCCGGGUUAA